AUGAGUCCUCACAGCAAGCGCUACCCGUGCGCUCUUUACUAUCCCGGUUCACAUGCUGUCGUCGGAGGCAAUGGACUUGGCUUCCACAAACAGCCACACACGAGCCUCGUCCUUCACGACGAGGGCGAUGUAUCGUUCGACUUGGAGGAACGGUGCCUGGGGGACAAUGAGUUCAAAACGCUCUUUCCCAGCGGCCAGGAGGAAGACGUCGUUGUUUUACAAAUCAACGUCAACUCCCUUCACAACCCAACUGUGGACGGAGUGGGAUUUCCUUUCGAUGGGAAGAUAGAGGAACUGGUCAAACUCGCUUCCAACUUGGAGAAUCCAAAACUUCUCGCCCAAAUCGCCUGUCAAGACCGAUUCAACGUACUGGUGAAAAGCCACGUCGCAAAGUCUGUCGGUGUCCUCCUCGAUCGCAACCCGUCUCGCCCACAGCCAGUCAUCUCGGAAGAUCCAUACCAGUGGGAUUUGGAUCAUUACCAAGGUCAGGUCCCACAAGGGAUGGGCAAGACGAAAGAUGCAGUCAGAUGGGGGUUUGACAGCCCUGAACAAGUUCGGAACAUCCUCACACGAUCUGUGGCACAAGAUGUUUGGUGGUUCGCGGAAGAUGUGCGCGCCAUUCGCAAAUGUGUGCUCCCCUUCCGCUUCCUCAAAGAGGAGAACCGUUCGGAUGCGUUUACUGUCACGGUGGAUCUGGGCAAAUCAUUUCGCACCAAAUUCGAACGAUCCCUCCAAAGUCUCAUUCGUCCUGGAGCUAACGAUCUGAACUGGGCUGCCAGGAUCUGCAAGACGGAGACUGGUCGGCGGAUACACUUGAACCAGACGUUGCGACUCGAUGUUUUCAGGCCCUCUGACCCCCAAGCUCCCGCAUUCCGUGAGCGUGACUUUGACCUGACCAUCAGUUCCUCUGAUUAUGAUCCGAAUGGGAUACAACCAGCCUACCUGUGCUUUUAUGACGGCAUUGCUUUGUCAAGACGUCGAAUCGAAGCAGCGAACGAGGUCUUCAGCACUGAUGACGGCGAGGAUUCGAAAUCCCGCGAAGAGACUGCAACGGAUUCCCAGUCGACGCACCGCCUUGAGCGUUUCAAGAACACUAUCGCGGAGGACGGUCGUUCUGCUGUGUUGCCCAAAUUCGACCUGGUCGGCCGCGUUGAUUCGAAUUAUCUGGAAGCUGCUCUUUCCGAGCUCAACCCAGGGCUCCAAAGAAGCUUUGAGCAGUAUGCAAAGCUGGCCUCCCUCGGAAUCUUCACCAUCUGCGGAUCCGGAGCCUGGUCCAGAAACAAGACCGACGCCAACUACCACACGAACCAAGUGUUAGCUUUCACGACGUUGAUGUUCCUCCAAAACCAGGAAACGCGGAAAGUACAUGCAGCUGCUUCAACCCACCAAGCUGCCCGAGAAAUCGCCGCUCACGUCUACUGCAUGGCCGCCAAAGUACUCGAGAUCACCGAAAGACCCGGAGAGGAAGUCACACUUCUGUUAGUCGUCCGCGGCUACAAUAUCGACGCCGAGGUGGCCAUGUUCAUCAACCAGGUUUCGAAAAAAAUCGUUGUCGAGGAGAUGGCUCCCUGGGGGCGAUCGUAUUCUCUUUGCGAGUGGCUUCAGAAGGUGGUUCAAGCAGGAGACCAUGACCUGGACGCGCGCGAUCACCCUGGUUUAUUUGAGCUUCGGCAGCAAUUCAAAACUGCCAAGAAAUACACAGGCUUGCGCGCCUUCGUCAACGGCAAGAUUCGCUUCAGCCAGAUCAAGUCAGGUCGAAAUGGAAGAUCAGGAGAGCAGCAAGAAUAUUACGAGUCCGAGGAAGAUGCCGAUGUAUCGCACGAAGGCACUCAACGGAGAACGGCGAAGCUCAAGGCCCAAGUUCUCCCGAAAAAACUUCUGAAAGGCCUUAUGAAGGCCAUUGCCCGAGAAGCAGAUGUAAUCUGCACGACUACCCACAUCUCUCGUGAUGAGACCUACGAGUCUUUCAGAAAGUCAGCAGGUGCGGUUGUGCUUUGCGACGCUGGCACAAUGUCGAGAACCGAAGCCAUGGUCGUUUGGGGCAACAAGUUGAGACCGUGUGCGAUUGGUGGAAACAUUUGCAGCACGACCAGGACAUUCAUCGAUACUGAGGUAACCGACAAGGAGGGAAAGUACCUCAAUCGUUUCGCACCUGAUGCUCAGGUCUCUAUUCUUAGUUGGGCUCAGAAUACUGGACAUCCUUGCUUCGAUGCUCGGGUAAGCAGCUCGGAAUCAUAUUACGAUUGA